UUGAAUAUGUAUAUUUUAUUAGCUUUCCAAUUUCCUCCUGCAUUUCAGUGUUAUCUUGAGAAGUGUAUUCAUGUUGGUAUACUUCCUUUUAAACCAUGCUUACAUACAUGCUUUACCAGUUCCGUUUUUUGCUGAGGUGACGAUUAAGCCGUAUUUAUACCAAAGUUUAUGUGAAGCGCGUAUCACGUUUCAUGCGGGAUUAUGGCAGUCAACGUAGCAAGACGAAAGCGAAUAAUCGCGAUAAUUUUUGCGAUUUGUCUUGUUACUGCAUUAUUUUUAUACGGUAGAAGAGAGGGAGGAAUGUAUAAUGUCAACACAGAUCAUGCGGAUACUUCACGGGCUGGUUUAUCCGAAGAAAUGACAACAGUGAAGGCAACGAAUCCAUUACCGACCCGAAAGUAUUCUGUGGUUUACUUUACGGAAAAAACAGACAAGAAUAGUGCUGAAGAUACGAAAUUAAAAAAUACUGUCAAAAACGAAGGUUCGGAUGUUACUACGACAAAACCUUCUUUGUCUAAAAAGACAACGAAAAUGAGUAAUCCACGUUUAAGAAAGACACGAGAACCUACAAAGAUGGCAUCUGUCAGUUCUCCAGAGGAACCCUUAGUUUGUAAGAUACCAGCUUUGGAUCCGUUUCAUCCGCAUGUUGCACGUCUUCAGAACAACGUUGGCACAAAUUUAAGAAAGAUUUGUAGAGGCAUGCAUCCAUACACUCCAGCGUUCAAAGUGGUCAACAAUAAACUAGUUUUGAAAAAAAAUGUGAAUCAAAACAGCGUAGUUAAAAGUUCUAUUGAACUUAAGAAAAUAAAAAGACAAGGUGACCAAAGUUUUAGUUAUGAGAAAACCAUUAAGCCAUUUGUUGGGAUGCUGGACAUACAUGAAAGUAAGGAUAUUGGACAGUCUGAUUUCUUUCGUGUGGAGUAUAGGAUUGACGGGAGAAGAUCCUCUGAUUUGUAUGCUCGCGUUUCACCCAGACUUGAUCUAAUUGAAAAACAAAAUAAAAUAGCUGAAGGAUUUCGAGACAAAGGUCUGCAGUUGAAUGUGCUUAUUCUAGGUUUUGAUUCAACUUCACGAGCUAAUUUUGUAAGAAAACUUCCGCGAGUAAAGUCUUUUCUAGAAACAGAGUUAAACACGUAUUUUAUGGAAGGAAUGUCCAUCGUGGGUGAUGCGACCACCCCUGUACUGACUGCAAUGCUUACUGGAAAGGAUGAGACAAAACUACCAGAGGGACGAACCUCAUUUGGAGGGAAACCUAUUGAUAACUGGCCAUGGGUAAUGAGAGAUUACGAGAGACAGGGCUACAUAACAUUGUAUGCUGAAGACGAUCCUAGCGUUAGCGCAUUCAACCUGCGCCUUGAAGGAUUUUCUCAGCAACCUACUCAUCAUUAUAUGAGACCGUUCUGGCUUUCUUUAGAAGAUAUGCACGAGCGAGACGAGCCUGGGAGAUGCUCAAAAUCUGAAUCAAUGGUCAAUCACACUUUGAAAUAUAUUAAUAGCUUCUUUGAUGCUUAUCCUUCAUCGAGAAAGUUUGCGUUUACCUUUCAUUCAUAUUUAGCGCAUGCUCACCCAAACCACCUGAGUUUCGCUGAAGAUGAUCUCAUGUGGCUACUGAGGACGUUCGUGGAUAAAGGUUAUCUUAAAGAUACGAUGUUGGUUAUCAUGGGUGAUCAUGGGUCAAGAAACUCAGAGUACAGGGAUACAAUGCAAGGAAAAUUAGAAGAGCGACUACCAUGGUUCUCAAUAUCCUUGCCUUCCGAGUUUCACCGAAAGUUUCCCGAACUCGCGGCGAACUUACAAAAGAAUCAAGCCGUUAUCACGUCAUCAUUUGAUGUCCACGCAACAUUACGUCAUAUAUUAACCUAUCCCAGUACGCCAAGCGGCGAGCAGACUCAAAGUCUGUUUGAGAGGUUACCACGCAACCGAACUUGUAAAGAUGCGGGCAUAGCUGAACACUGGUGCCCAUGCUUCCAUUGGUUGCCCACGGAUGCGAACUCUACAGACGCUCAAAGGAUAGCUGCUUCAGCGCUGAAAGUCAUUAAUGAUAAAUUAUCUAAAGAAACAGUGUUGCACAGUUCAUGCCAUAAACUGACUCUGGAUGGUGUCCUCGACGCCAUAAUCUUGCAAGCUAAUAAAAAAGUUCGAACGUUUGAUUCCACUGAUCAAGAUGGAGAUCGAAGAGUUUCUUAUGGAGGAAGGACUAAAGAUUUGAAGAGGUUUCAGAUUAUAUUCAAAACUCAACCAAACGGAGCCAAAUACGAAGUUACAGCACAUGUAUCAAAACAACAAAUCACGAUCAAUCCAGAAAUCAGUCGACUUAACCGCUAUAAUGAUCAACCAGCUUGCAUUGCGAAACAGUAUCCUUAUGCUAGGAAGUUUUGUUAUUGCAAAACACAGGGGUGAUGAUGCUUACUUUCUAUUGUCAUCGCUGGAUACCAUUCUGAAGACUGGCACAGCACAGAGUGCAUGCUCAAUCCCGGACGCUCGUGGAAGCAAGCAACAAGUCAGAUUGUUCAUUUAGGACAUUUUAAAUUUAUUCCAAGCAAUAUUUACAAGCAAAAUUUGCGUACGUAUGAUUUAGUUAGAAUGUAUUGAUAUGUCACAAAUGGGGGAAUCUCUUUAGAAAUAUCUAUUAUCUACACAUACAUUUUCAGUUGAAAUUUAUGAAGAGGAAGAUUUAUUAUAAAUAGGUAGACAUCAAUUUACCACUAUGGUCUAUAUUUUUGAAUUUACGUAUAUUAUGAAGUUUCUGUGUUCGUUAAAUACUUACUUUUUAAAAAUUUGUACAAAAACA